AAAUUUCAUAGGACAGGUGAAUUUAUUGCUGCAUCGCGAAAAACGACGAGAAUAAACAAAGUUUCCCCAUGAAAUCGCUUCUCCUUGGACAGGAGAAAAGAAAAGUUGCUGACUGUGUCGUUUAAAUUAGCCGCAAAACCCAUGUGGCAAAGUCAUUAAAGUGAAAAUAUGCAAGGAAGGGGCACACGAUGGCUGAAGACCGAAAUAAUUCUCAAGGGUUCGUUGGACAGGCGCACACGGUAGAACAUGGUAGUUCAGUUUCAACCCCAGUAUCGUCAAUGUCGGGAAUACAAGCAGGGAAUGCAUCGUUGGUAGCGAUAGGUGGUGGAACGAUAACAAAGAUCGGAGGUGAUCAAAGAGAUGAUUCCCCACCACGCGGCCCACGAACUUUGUUACUACGUCGCGGCGAGAAUGGGUUCGGUUUCACCCUUCGUCAUUUUAUCGUUUACCCACCCGAAUCUUGUUGCAUGUUACCGGGACAUGAAAGAACGAGAAUCGAGGAACCAAUGGACACGAUAUUUGUGAAGCAAGUACGUGGAAAUUCACCGGCGGCCGAAGCAGGAUUGCGUACAGGGGAUCGGGUAGUUUCUGUGGACGGUAAACCUACGCGUGGUGAACAAUACGCGAAAGUCGUACAACGUAUUCAACAAGCAGGACCAUGGUUACGACUUCUGGUAGUCUCUAAAGAGGACGACAUUCUACAAAGAUACUUUGGCGAAACCGCUCAUAAUCCAGAGACGAAUCAACGACCACGAUUACGCUCUCCAGAGAGGAACGCUGGCCAAAAGCAACGUAGAUCCGUCAGUAUGAUUCCUGGACUGUCUCCGAGGUCGAGGCAAUCUUGGGUUUGCUCCGCGCCAAGUUCGAUGCAAGCAGAAACCGAUCGGUCGACCGACGACGGUGUUUCCUGUCCGGAUCAAGAUAUCCAAUUGAGUGACUUUUCCAAGGAAAUCCAGCAAAUGCAACCAAAUAGCAAAACACAGUCGCAACUUCAAUCAAGAAUCAAAGGUGUAACGUAUCAUUCUAAUCCGCUUCAGGAAAUAAUUGGUCGCCCCGAGGCAAAUGAUGAAAAAGUUAGGUUACGAAAUCAAUCGCAGCAAUCCAUCACUGAUGAUAUUUCAAAGUUGACUGACGGUCAAUCAUGCGACAGAUCGAUUCGCUCGGAUUCAAGAUACGACAAAUACGAUGUUUACGAUAGAACGCGUCCUGAAUCUAUAUAUUCCAGAACAAACAGUGAACAGAUUUAUGAUAGAAUCAAAGACCCGAUAUACGAACGUGUUCGGCUCGGAGAGUCGGCACGAGUAAACUUGGGGGAUCAUCACCAUCAUCGCCACUACCAGCAGCAGCAACAACAACAACAACAACAACAACAACAACAACAACAACAACAACACCAGUAUUAUCAAACACAACAGCAUUCAGGAAUAAUACAAUAUCCUUUGUCUCGGGCUGAACCACAGGUACCUAUAUAUCGGCCUGCUAUGAAAAGAGUGAGUUCCCGACGUGCCAGUGAAGGAAGCGCCCCUAAUUCGACGCUCAAUAAUUUUGAGGUUACCAGCUAUGCCAGCACCGAUGCCCUCAGAUCAUGCGAUCCGGGGUCUAGGUUCAGUAUUGAUUCGAAAAGAGAAUCUUCUCCGGUUCGUUCGACCGAUGAUCCACUUACCUACGAUUCCACUUCCAUUCUCCUUGGGUCUGGAACAAACGGAAAUAGUAAUGAAACGAGAAAUGGGAACUCUGGUAUUGACGACUCUGUCAUCAUGGCGCGGCUACGGAAAAGUUUUGAACAAAAAGAAGAAUUCUUACGAAGACCCAGUCACCCGAUAGGUUGGUUUCUAUCAGAAGAAAGGUCCGAGUCUCCCGUACGAAGUAAUGGUUCGUCCACGAUACCACGAGAGUUUUACGCAAGACCACAGAGACUUCAGAAACAAAUUUGGCCACCCAACGAUUCCAAGCACGAUCGACAAUGUUCGCCUCCGAGAUUCGGUCAAGAUAGGAGUUUUUCCGAAAAGCUUACGCUAGACAAGUUUUCUUCUAAUCAGAACGAACAAAAACUGAAAUCUGACGUAGCGACGGCGGCAACAGCUGCGACGGCGGGCGAAACAGACGACCGAAUCGAAUAUUCCGGUUCUCGUUCGUUGGAAGAUGCAUACCCGGUGAUCGUAACGGAUCGACUAUGUCCUCUGUCCGUUUACGAUGAUUGUCGUGAAAAGUCCGAGUCGAAGGAUGUUGACAGACAUCAGCAGCAACCGCAACGAAACGCUGCCGGCAAAUCGAGUUUUGUCGGUACAUUGUCCAAGAUACACGAGAAUAUUACAAGCGCCGCGGCUUUGCUUUCGGACGAAUGUCACUCUCAAGAUGCAAGGAACAAUGCUUCUGCUCUUCCCUCUUUCUCAGGACCGGAAAAAACGAUCAAUGAGAAGUAUCCGACGUUUUCUCAGGGUCUGCAAAUCGUGUCUAAACGCGCGAAACAAUUCGAAUCCGGACGUUUGCUCAGCGACGACGACGAACCGACGGGUGACCGAACUAGUCUUUACAAGAGUGAGCUGUCGCGGUUGUCGAGUAAGCGCAGCGUACCAAAUGUUGCUGUUCGAAAAAGAGAAUUUGAAUCAAAAGCCGAAGCUCAGGAGCCACGUAGAUCGACCGUGCCUACUAGGGAAACCAAAUCGAUGGAUGUUGGUAAUGAAUUAAAGGGAAACAGAGUAAUACCUGUAGGCAGCAGGCGCAUUCACUGUGAACCACCAACCGAAUGUAAACCUAUCGAAGAGACGUCGAAUCCAAUACCAGGGUAUAUGGACUAUGAAGCCCACUGCCCAAAAGUUCGUAGCAAUAGUGUGGAAUCUUGGGAAUCGCCGAACGAUCGUUUGCAAAUAAUUAAACGCCGUUGGCCAGAACGAGGUGGUGAUUCUGAACUAAGGCAGAACGCUGGAGAGAAUUAUAAUGAAUACGAAAACGCGAACGAGAAGGAAAACGAAAACUCUUACGUCAACGCAGCAAACUCCUUUAGCGACAAUAGCAGAAACACCGAAAGAGCAGGAUCGAGGAAGCAGGAUGAUUGUGCGGAAAUCAUCGACACAGAACAUGGUGCAAUGACAAAUGACGGUGUACAUGGUAAUGGAGUUGUAUUCAGACGACAGAAGAAUGCACAGACUGCUGACGAGGAUCGCGCCACAAGAAGAGUUUCGUAUCUGAAGGCAACCUGGGGUGAACGAAUGCAUGUCGACAGUGAUUUGGAGUUGAGCGACUCGGAGCCUAUUCACACUUCAAGAAUCAGUCAUAAGAGAUGGCGGCUAUCGCUGAUUCCAAAUGAUAUAGCAUCACUACGACGCAUCUUCGAGGACAUGACUCAGUCUGGAUCCUUGAACAGAAAUAUUUCCCGUAGCAAUACGUGUACUGGUCGGGAGGCGACUGCUGGAAUUGUCAAAGAAAUCGUUGAGCAAGUCGAGCGAGAGGGUCCUUUACAUGUGAAAUUCACGGUACUCGAUGGAAAGCGAUCUUCCGAUAAGAUCUGGGGUGUUCUUCGUGGACCGAUUCUCUUUUUCUAUAAGGAUCGUCAGAAUCAGAGUCCUUCGUUAAGCAGCGACGUCGAAUGCGUAGCGCAGAGCAUUGACGUGAGAUGCUCCUUGGUGGAUAUUGCAGAGGAUUAUACAAAACGUAAACACGUACUGCGCCUGGCGAAUCCAAGCGCAGAGGUUCUGCUGCAAACCGAAGACGCCGCAUCUAUGGCGGUCUGGUUACGAUCACUACAUGAGCAUGCUGCUGCUGAAAAGCCAUCCGAGAUCGGCUAUAAUAGUUGUUUGAAACAACAAGCUGUACCGCAAACUCCAGGGCCUACCAGCAAUAGUUGUUCAACAUAUCAGACAAUAGGCGGAGGAAGCGGUGGCGGUAUCGCGAUAAUGAUGGUACCGAAUAGCGGCGGCGGUGGCGGUAGCGGACAAAGAUUAAGUCCACUUCCGGGACAUAAAGGUAUCAAGAAACUGACCUCCUUCAGGAAUCGAUCUCCGACCGGUCAGUCGCCGAUAAAUAAGACACGAAAGCCGAGCCAGGCUACCGAAACUUUAGUUUCUCCGAAAACGAAAACGUGGAAAGGCAGAGUCGCGAAACAACUCCGAAGAAUGCACGGACAAACCGGACCACCUUCUUCGCCAACGACACAGUUACCACCCGAGGGUGCCACCUUUAAAGUGCCGCUCGAACUUUGUCCACCGUCAUCGUUCUCGGAAUACGUACCACUGAUCGUCGAAAUGUGUACGAGUAUCGUUGAAGCGAGAGGCUUGGAAGUUGUCGGUAUUUACAGAGUGCCUGGCAACACAGCCGCUAUUUCACAUUUGACCGACAGCGUUAACAAAGGAUUUGAAAAUAUUCAUCUGCAGGAUCCCAGAUGGAGUGACGUAAAUGUAAUAUCGUCCCUUCUCAAGUCCUUUUUCCGUCAACUGCCUGAUUCGUUGCUUACAGCAGAAUUGUAUCCUAUGUUUAUCGAUGCCGAUAAAGUUGAAGAUCCACAAAGAAGAAUGACGACAAUACGAAAGUUACUCAGGGAUCUUCCGGAUCAUCAUUUCGAAACUCUUAAAUACCUAAUGUUCCAUCUAAAGAGGAUAGUCGAGCAUAGCGAGGUGAAUAAAAUGGAAGCGAAGAAUUUAGCCAUUGUGUUCGGUCCCACUUUGGUGCGAGCGAGUGGUUCCAGGGACAACAUGGUCACCAUGGUUACCGACAUGUCGCAUCAGUGCCGAAUCGUUGAAAGCUUGCUGAAUAACGUUGAGUGGUUCUUUUCGGACGACGAUUUGGACGAUUUAAGCAGACUAAGCGUUAAUCUUAGCCUUCCGGCUGACAAUAAUGAAAUCGACACAACGCCAAGCAAUAAUCAUAGCCUUCUAUUGAACAACAUUCAAAAAGUUGAAGGAGUUCGAGAGAUGGCAUCCGCUAAAGAUAUUGUUUCGUCGAUCAUAUCCGCUGCGAAUCGCAAGAUACAGAGAAGAAGGAAAGGACAAGAUGAAACGGACAACGAGAGUCACGAAGUGGACAAGGUAAAAACAAAGCAAGAGACCGAAAGCUUGCCUAAUCGACGAAGUAUGGCGUUGAACGAACGGCAAUGUUCGGUCAGCGAAAUUGUUUUGAUGCAUGAAAAUAAAAAUCAGCCGAAUCGUUCUACCGAUCGGUCGGAUCGAUCGGGGACAGUCGAUGCGGCUAUGAUCGAGAACGUUAUCGGUGGUAACGGUAGAAUCUCAGACUGUGACGACAACACAGCUGAUGCGAUAAUCAGCAACGACGACACUGUACCCUAUGAUAGAACGAGGAAGUACUUGAAUCCUCCGGUGGAGUCGUCGAUUUCAACGAUUCAACCAAGUCAUCGCUCGGCCGUCUCGUCGGCUUCCGAGUCGUCACGACUCUCUAGCGAGACUGGCUUGAGCUGUUUCGACGCGAGUUCGAUGCUUUCGAGCACUUCGAACGAGACCAAACAAAGUAACGACGAGAUUACUAUUAGAACGUAUGCCGGGUUGAGUACAACCACCCAAGAACGUAUACGAAGAUUUGAACAGGAAACAAAGGCGAUGUUGCAACGAGAUCAAAAUCGACAAAGACGGGAAGCUGAGAAGAGAGAAGAAGAGCGACGAAGAAUCGAGAUGGAAUGGCAAUUGGCAAAACGUGAGAUGGAGAACGACGACCUGCUUGAUAGUAUAGUCGAUACUACUGUGGCACCGACGUACUUUGCCUCCAAUGCCCGACUUUCCGCCUUUAACGACAGGCUUGCCGAUAAAUCGUAUCUCGAUAUUGGAUCCCAUUCGGUCAGUCGGAUCCCAUGUCUUUCUAUAGCUGUGCAACAGGAACCUACGACUGUUAGACGAAUCGCGCAAUGCACGGAUGAAUCUGCGGCGACGACGUUGCCAGAAAAUGUUACGGAUACUAUUAUUAAGAAAUUAAAAACUGACCAACAGCCAGCACUAGAAUCUUUGACUGUAACACCGGUCCGUUACGGGAGCUUGGACUCUCUACAUGAAACACACGAUACUUCUCAAUCGUCGUUUUCUACAUCGAUGCAUCAACAGCGAAAACAACCACUUUCAAGCGACGUCUCGGAUGAUGGCGGAUCUUGUUUUCUACAGUGGACUCAGAAGAUACUAACUAUUAACAAAAAGUUUUCUAGGCAAACGGCAAGUACUGGUUUCUGGUGGUACAUAUCGUCCCACCUUCAUGGUACCACAGCCUCCACUGGUUCCACCUCGAAGACACAAGACUCAUCAUCGUCUAUACAAGUGCCAAUGCCAAUUCCAAUGCCAAUACCAAUGUCGAUGCCGAUGCCGAUGCCGAUGCCGAUGCCGAUGCCAAUGCCAAUGCCAAUGCCAAUGCCAAUGCCAAUGCCAAUGCCAAUGCCAAUGCCAAUGCCAAAGUCGAUGCCAAUGCCAGGGCGAAUGCAAGUGCCGGGAUCAGUGUCAGACGCGGUCAAUGCCGAUGUCUUGCAACGAUCAUCGAUGCCCAUCGCAUCCUUCUCGAGAGUACCGGCCUCGGAGCCCAUUGAUCUCUCCGAAUCAAUCGAAACCGUCGUCGAACAAUCACGUCGAGGGGUGUCGGGCUCAGGGGCCGGAUUAUCUUCCAAGACUUUAAACAGAUUCCUUCGAGGUAGCGACUUGUUGACCAGCUUGACGACAACCUUUGAUCGUAAAUGGAAAUCCUUGGUAAAUUCGUCGAAUCAUACUGUUCGCGGAGCUGCCGUGGAAAACGCGUCCGUUAACUUCGACGAAGAUAUCGUGACAUCGCGAGAUUCACAGACUUUGAGACACCUACGUGGUGUACGGGAGGAAAAAGACGAACGAAAAUUAACAGUUCCGGCACAACCUGUGGAUCCCAGCUUGGUAGAAACUUAUCGAGACCCGAGUCUUCAUAAAUCCUCUCUUCAGAAACAUCAACGCGAUCGGCAAAAAAAUGACAUCCCGGAAAAGGACACGGAUUCGUCGGUAACGAUCAACACCAGCGUCGAGAAACUCGACACCGACGUACCGGAUAACGAUCGAAGUGCAAUCGCACGACGGAGAGUCGAGUCGAAAGACGAUCAAUUGCGAUCGAGCAAGGAAACGGUCGACACAAGUUUGGAAUCGAACGAGAGAGAAGAAUGCUGCAGGAUCGCCGCGUCGCAGAUCGAUGGAACCGCCGCGGCUGUAAAUGACACGCUGGAAAACGGCGACAAGGUUAUGACAGACGAUGGAAGAGACUUUCACUACGAUGUUGACUCGAAUUACACGAAUAAGCUGAAAAAGUUUGAAAGUCUGACGACCAAUUUGGAGGUUAGGUCGCGGUUAAAUAGAUCGGAAUCGUUGAACAAACGAUCCGAAAACACUUCCUCGAAGUUGAAAAGAUCCGAGAGCUUGAACAAGCAUUCCGCCGAAAGACUUUCUUCCCCGACGAGUGGGAAAUUGAAACGAUCGGAAAGUUUGAACAAGCACUCGGACAGAUCCGAUUCGCCAAACAGUAAACUAAAGCGAUCGGAAUCGUUGACGAAAACCGAAAAGACCGAGUGUAACAUUAGCAAGAGAAGGCAAUCCGUUCGAAAAGACAGUGCGACGAAAUUGAAACGGAAGAAUGGCAUGCCCGAAAGAUCGAUAAAGCGAAGACACACGGUCGGCGGCACGAAGGAUUUUGACAAAGUGCACUGGUUAGACAACAAGUUGCAAGUCGAAACCGAGAAGGUCGUGAUGAAAAACGAGUACAGACCGAAGAAAAGUCAGCUGAGAACAAGUUCGCCGGACCUUAGCACCGGUCGCAUCGGUGCUCUGACCGAUGCUAGUUUUCUUAUCGAGGUCAGCUUUCGCGGGCCAAGCAACGUUGUCUUUAACGUAACCAACGCUCGGCCACAAUCUUUGCCGGACACUAGCUUGGCAUCGAAAAUUUUCAAAGUCCCUCUCGAGAGCCACGUUUAAUCGAUCAGCCGUAAGCGUUAAUCGACAAGACGAAUCGAAGAAAGUAGCAACUCUCAAGAACUAUGCUUGCUCUCUCCUUCCACGUUCUUUCUCUCUCACCCUCCCACCUCUUUAGACCACCCAAUCAUCAACCCUUCUUCUCUCACGAAGCAUUUACAUCUCGUCGGCGCGUCAAUUAUAUUUAUCGUACUCGUGAUGAAUGUGAUUGUGUGCAAUUUUUGGUGUAUAUAAUAUUCAUAAAUCGAGUAAUCAACGAACGAUUCCGAUAUUGACGUUCGUUGGCGUUACUAAAAUUAAACUACUGUAAAACGCCGCCGUCUCUUUAUUUUUUCUAACAAUUGCUCGGAAGAUACAUAUUCGAAGGAUUAGAAGAUACAGUUCGAAAAUAUCCUCGUCUAUUUUGACAAGGUA